UUGGACGAAUUUCUAGUAAAAUGGCAACACUCGCGGCGGGAAAGAAAAAUGUGCGAAAAAAAGAAUCAGCUGUUCGUCCUCCAGACCGUAUUUCCGGUUCUUUUGUUGAGCCAGGUGAUACCACAAUGGCAGAUAUUUGGAAGUAUUCUCAGCGUCCUGACACCUCCUUUGAUCCUCAAACAAUGAACCGGUCUAUUGAUCAGAGAAGAGAUGACAGACGCCAAACAAGACAUGGUGAUCUCUCAUUCAGCAUUCUUGACAGAUCAAUAGAACCAAGAGAAGAACUAAGGAGCAAUGUAUUACAGAAUGAUCGCAUCAGAAAAUCUAUGGGAAUGUUGGAGCAAGCCACUGGGAUACAGGGGACUCCUGCACCAGGAAUAUAUCCAUUCAACCAAUCAGCAAGAACACCUGGGAGUGAGAUGAAAAGAAGAACAUAUACUCCUCAGAAACCACCCAUGACCUCAGAGUUUGAUGUUUCAGAUAUGGUUGGAUUCACACCUGCGAGAUCCUUUCUCACACCUUCAGCCAAGCUUUCCGUUUCCAUGGGUGAGCCGACACGCAACCUGCAAACCUCCAUACUGUCCAGUCCACAGUAUAAUGACUCGGUGAUGGAUCAAACGGGAAUGACCAUGGAUAUGACAAGAGCAAAUCUCCUAUUGCAAGAAGAUCCAGGUCAACUAGCAACUGAAGGGCUGUUUGAUGAAUUUCUAAGUGCCUUCAAGAAACAUCAAUCCUUGACCGAUGUCUUUGCCUUGGUGUCCGAGUAUGAGCGUCUCUGCCAUGAACAGGUCACUAUGCUAGACAGACUCAUGACAAAAACAAUACCCAGUCAGAAAAGCUUUUCACGCACGCUUCAGGUACUUCGUCUCCUGACCCAGGAGAAAGCUACGUGGCGUCUGAUUGGUUCAUUGUAUCAAGACCGACAGAUGUCAGCUGAAGACCAAGAUGGUGCUGGUAUCACUCUCGACAGAAUCCAUACUGAGCAUCUCAGCGAAAGAGAAAUUGUAGACUCUUUGUUUGAGAGGGACGCCAUCAUCAGACAGCAUCAGAUUGUGGUAGAUUGGUUGGAAAGCAUAGCAGCGGAUCAGUCUGCAUUCUCAUACAACAAAGUACAGUUCUACUCACAUUCAGUUUGCUGGGAAAAUACCCUCCAUGAAUUGCAGCAGAGGGCAGUCUCCGGUUCGGCAACGAGAGAGUCGUUGGUGACCUCACUUGACCCUGACGCCCCUGUCCGAGAGAACAAACCAUUGGCUGACCUAGACAAGGAAGAUGAGAUCAAGCUGCUUCUCAAUGUCUUUGCCAACAUCCGGGCUGGGAGGUUGGAGGAGGCCCAAAGGCUGUGCAAAGAAUCUGGUCAAGCGUGGAGGGCUGCGUCGCUAGAGGGUUGGAGGUUAUAUCAUGAUCGCAAUAUGAACUCAGUUGAAAACUCUGGUGAGCUUGCCCCAAUAGAGGGCAACACGUACAGGGACGUCUGGAAGAAUGUGUGCUGGAGAAUGGCGGAGGAUGAGAGGUUCCACCUGUAUGAGAGGGCCAUCUAUGCUGUCCUUAGUGGAAACCUGAGAGAGUUGCUACCAGCUUGUAACCUUUGGGAAGACUGUCUUUGGGCAUACUUCAAGGUUCUAGUCGACCAAGAGGUGGAGAGAGAGAUCCGGGACCAACUGAGAUCAGACAGGGCACUUCAACCUUUGCCUCAGGGCUAUUAUACAAAAGACCUCACACUGCCCAAGAUUUUCCAAGAACUUCAUGCACAUCCCAAUCAAAAAGUGGAAUCUCAGGCCAAGGAGAAGCUUCACCUUAUUCAGAAGUACAUCAUACUGGGUGAUAUUGACACCCUCCUUGAAGAAAUGAGUGAAUGGUUGAGAGAGAUUAACCCUCGUCCUUCUCAUCAUCUAGUCCGUUUCAUGGCUCAUCUAGCUUUAACAUUGCGAUCUUUAGGACUGUCAACCAGAGAUGAGAUAUGUAUCUCUGUCAUUGAGGCCUACGUCAAGGAUCUGAUUUCAGAAGAGAAGACUGAGCUGGUUGCUAUAUAUGUUGCACAGCUUCCCCCUGAUCUCCAGGUCAUGUGGUACGCAAAGUUUCUGGAAGGUAUCCAUGCCAAGGAUCAGAGGCAGUACUGCUUACAACUAGCUGAAGAUGCAGGGUUGGAUGUAGCAGCAAUCACCAAGAAGGUCGUAGAGACCCUGAGAUUUAAAGAAGACGAAGAGCCGGGUGCAGAUAUCAUACGCACGGCAGCACUGGAAGCAGCUACAUCACAGGAGGAUCGCCGAAAGAUUGAGGCCAUAGACUGGUUAGUGUUUGAUCCAUCACAGAGAGCUGAAGCCGUCAAACAAUGCAAUGCCAUCAUCAGAACUUUCCUCGCCACUAAGAAGCAUGACGCUGCCAGGGAAGUCUUCAAGAAGCUUCCAGAAGACUCUAUUGAUGUGAUCCUCAGGAAUUGGAGGGCCAUGGCUGGAUCUGUUCCACCUCCUAUACAGGAUGCCAAUGCUAUCAGAGAAUAUCUCUGCAUCAAAGCCUAUCUGGAUGCCUUGGAUGCUUACAAUGAUUGGUUUGCUCACUACCACAAUAAGAAGCCUAGUCCUCCUUCCCUACCAGAGGAUGCUAACUUUCAUGACAGAGUACGCUACGAACACGAGCACAAGGAAUACGAGAUGGAACUAGAGAGAUGGGAACAGAGUGUACUAGCACUCACCAGGGGAGUAUCCGAUACCAUGUACAAUGUGCUUCUCUUUGUGGAUGGGGGAUGGAUGGUCGACCAGACUUUCGAUGAUGAUGAGGAAGAAGUUGAUGAGGUUCGUGUAAGUCAGAUGCAGAGGUUACGAGAGCUGUGCCUGCCGAGGAUGUGCCUUCUCCUUCACUCGGUUCUUCAUUCCACACACCAGUACAAGGAUUGCCUGAUACUGGCUGAUGUCAUCGCAUCGGAGCAGCACCAGCUUUAUAAGGUGUUCAGCAAGCCUGAAUUGAAACAAGUUCUCUCGCGUCUUAGGGAGUCGUCACUGCAACUCUUAGAUCAAAGUCUUGAUGCGUUAGGUUAUGAAAUUGCAUCAUGAUCAUAUGACCAGACACUAAACCAGACCAGACAAUAAAAUUCCCAAACUACACUAAGGAUGGGACGAAUCUUGCCUCACAAUAAACUAGGUCACCCAACUCACUCAUAAAGUGUAACCAAUAUGCAUCACCAGAGAAUUGUAAUACAGUCAAAAUUUAUGUGAAGGCAACACAAUUCCCCAUUGCUUAAUCAUUUUGUGUUAGAAGGCCAAGCUCCAAUGUAUUUAUAAUAUAUCAAGAAUGAGAGAAGAAUACAGGGCCAUUCUGAUCAUUCUGAUAUCCUUCAUUUCAUUAAAAAAAAAGGUUUCUUUUAUCUACUCUAUCUAUCUAAAUCAGGCCCCUCCCCCCUCAACAUUUUUUACGAUAAAUCUGUAACGCGAAAAGAUCACGCCCUAAAGUUUCAUGACUUUUUUCCUUCAAGUCUCGUGCAACUUUUUAACUUUCUCGAUGCGGGGUUACACCGUUCUGAAGUUACUUAGAAUUGUGUAAAUGUAUGUCAGACCCAAUAUUAAAAACAUGAGUUCAUGUACAAAUCCAAUGCAAAUUAUGGAUGUAGCCAAAAUUCAUAAAUAUAUCAUCAUUUUUGUCUCGCCUGCAUAGCAGAGCGAGACUGUAGGCGCCGCUUUUCCAACGGCGGCGACGUCGUCAACAUUGAAAUCUUAACCAAGGUUAAGUUUUUGAAAUGUCAUCAUAACUUAGAAAGUAUAUGGACCUAGUUCAUAAAACUUGGACAUAAGGGUAAUCAAGUAUUACUGAACAUCCUGCGGGAGUUUCAGGUCACAUGUCCAAGGUCAAAGGUCGUUUAGGGUCAAUGAACUUAGACCAUGUUGGGGGAAUCAAUGUAAAAAUCUUAACCAAGGUUAAGUUUUUGAAAUGUCGUCAUAACUUUGAAUGUAUAUGGACCUAGUUCAUGAAACUUGGAUAUAAAGAUGAUAGUGUAUCCCUGAAUAUCCUGUGCGAUUUUCAGGUCAUAUGACCAAGGUCAAAGGUCAUUUAGGGUCAACGAACUUUGAUAAUGUUGGGGGUAUUUGUGGAAUUGUCAUCAUAACUUUAAAAUUUGAUAGAUCUAGUUCAUAGAAACUUGGGACAUAAGAGUAACCAUGUAUCCCUGAAUAUCUUGUGCUUGUUUCAGGUCACAUGACCAAAAUCAAAGGUCAUUUAGGGUCAAUGAACUUUGGCCAUGUUGGGGGUAUUGGUUGAAUUGGCAUCAUCACUUAAAAAGUUUAUAGAUCUACACAGUUUAUGAAACAUAGAUAUAAGGGAUAUUCAAGUUGUUUUGCACAUGUCUGAGGUCAUAUGAUCAUGUUCAAAGGUCAUGUUGGGUAAAUGGACAUUGUAUUUUAUUAUCAUAUGAGUGUUUUCUUUUAUGAAUAAUUAUUUGAUAGCUGUUUUCAAAGUCAGCACUGCUGGUAUAUCAAAUCGCAUAAUGCAGGCGAGACUGCCAGAGGCGUUCCACUUGUUAUUUGUACUGAUUAAAAGUAAUUGAUUUCAUGUUAUUUAUGACUGAAAAAGUGUUGCCAAUAGUUUCCAUAAAAACAACAAUGAAAACCAUAAAGUAAAAUAAACAGAGAAAUGCAUAAGAAAUUAAAUAAGCAAUGAAAUACAUAAGAAAAAACUUUUUUUUUAAAGUAAUCAUAAGAAGAGUGUCAAGACCAAAAUCUAGCAGUUUCGGGCUAUAUUUUAAGAUUAACAGCCAGUUUAUGUUUUAAUGCAUUAAUUAGCAUAAUUGAUUAAUUCAAUUGACAAUUUAAUUGUGGAGGUUACAUCAUAGAUGAUGUGUGUGACAAUUUUUGUCACAAUCGCGUGAUCAAUGGCCGAGAUCUGAGGAGGGGGUGUUUUUGCCCCCCCCCCCCCCACUAUAAGGGUUAAGUCUUCCAGUAAAUAGGUGUUCUUUUUCGAGAAAGGACAUGUAAUACAGGCUUCACAAAAUCUAGAAUUUGUACUCUCAUUCGAGAGAGCGAAAUAGAGUUGUUUAUGUUUUAUGUAUUUUUGAAUCCUUCAAAAGGGAAAGUUGUUUGUGUAACAGCGCACAUCUUGGUUGCAUUAUAUUGCCUAAUGAUAAUGUGACUUAUAAAGCGCCAAAUCCUCUCUGUAGAGUGCUCAAGGCGCAUAAAGAGCUAAGUGUUAAAUAAAAAAGUUUUUUAGAAGAUUUUUGAAAGUUUCGACAGAGGUACAUUUUUUUAUGUCUUCAUGAAGGCUAUUCCACAAAGUGGGGCAUGCAAAAGCAAAUGAUCUUUCCCCCCAGGUUUUUGAAACUUUUGGAAUAACAAGGAAGCCAGAAGUGGAUGAGUACAAAGACCUGCUUGGUCUGUAGUAAUUGAUUAAUGAAAGACUAUUUUGGUGCUGAUCCAAGAAUACUAUGAAAAGCCUAUGGGACAAUCUCCAUAACAUUAGUGUUUUGUACAUUCAAAUGCUCAAUAACUUACAUUUCUUGUCCAUUUUUUCACAAACCUUCAUCAAAAUCUUACAGAUUUAUCUUUUUUUUUACACAACCUAACUUUUUCCAAAAUUUUUGUUUUCCAUGAAUGGUAAUAUUUUUGUCAAUAUUCCAUAUUAUUUUUUCUGUUAUUUGUGUCAAAUACUUAAAGAAUCAUGACUGUCAAAUGUAUAUUGUAUAAAGUGACUUUCUACUCACAUUCUUUUGUUAGAUGAACCAUGUUCCUAUGGAAGAAACCACAAUGUUAUUUUGUAAAUAUAAGCUGCUGAUAAAAAUAAUGAACAAAUCCUGUA